AUGUGCGAUUUAGGGGCAUCCAUCAAUGUUCUGCCGUAUGCUAUCUACAAAAACCUGGGAGAGGCCAAGCUCGUCGAUACUGAUAUCAUGAUACAGCUGGCCGACAGAUCUUGCAUUCACCCGGAGGGGAUUCUUGAAGAUGUAAUAGUGAAAGUGAACAACUUUCUGUACCCAGCCGACUUUUUCGUCAUCAAGAUGACAGAGCCAGCAGCGAAGGAGUCCAGCGGAGUUCUACUGGGAAGACCGUUCAUGUCUACGACCAACACUAUAAUAGACGUCCGUAAUGGGACGAUCAGUUUGGAUUUCAACGGAGAGCAAUUCACGUUCAACAUUGACGAAGCAAUGAAGAGGCCGGCGAUAGCGGAGUUCCUACAAAGGCAGUUCACAGACUCCGCCGCGGACGAGGAAGUUGAGAAGGAAAUCGCAGACUGGUAUGAGGCAAUCAACGUGGGCGAGAUGGAUGAUCAAGCCAUCGCGAAAGCAGUGAUGGACUUCAGCGAGCGACCACGACCAGCUGGGUCAAGCGGGAUCGCUCAAGUGUCUAGCCUCGAGAAGCUGCCUGAUCAAGGCGGUCAGCUGAGAAAAGAAGCGGAAGAAAACCCCAUGCCUACUGAAGUUCCCACACCUGCUAAGGAAUUGAAGCCACUUCCCGCACAUUUGAAGUACGCCUACCUAGGGGAGAAUGAGACAAUGCCAGUUAUCAUCAACAACUAG